UGUCCCUUAUCAAAUACAAACAGUGGCCAUGUCUUCUCAUACCAUACAUCCAGCCGUCACUGUCAACAACAUCAAGAACUCCAUCCCCUUGGUUCUUGAUCAACAAACAAACCACUACAAUACCUGGGCUGAACUCUUCAAAAACCAUUGCAAAGCGUAUGAAGUUUAUGAUCACCUUCAACCACGAAAAACCAACACCGACUCCUCCACCUCCUCCGACAAACAAACCGCCCCCACACCACCGAAACCCACUUACUCCGAGUCAUGGGAACGUAUCGACGCCAUUGUUUUACAAUGGAUAUACGACACCAUAACUCAGGACCUCUUACACACCAUCAUGAAAAACGACACCACCGCUUAUACCGCAUGGACUACCCUCCGUAACAUCUUCCUUGACAACCAAGAAUCCCGCACCAUCGACCUCCAAAACAAAUUUGCCAACACCCGCCUUGACCAAUUUCCCAACAUGUCAGCCUAUUGCCAAGCCAUGAAACUCAUGUUCGACCAACUCACUAGUCUUGGCUCUACCCUAACCGAAAAACAACUUGUCAUGCAAAUCCUGACCGGCCUAAACGAUCAAUACGAAAACAUCGCCCUCAUCCUACAACAAACCGCCCCCUUACCAGAUUUUUACAACACCCGUUCUCGCCUUUGCCAAGUUGAGGAACGUAAAACGGCUCAAGCCAAGAUAUCGGCACAGGCUGCGGGUACCGCAUUAACCGCCACACCUGACACCUCCAAUCGCGCCACCACAGAAAAUCGUGAUCGUACUAGGACCGAGUCGGAUUGCUACCGUGGACGGGGUCGUGGUCGCGGACGCGGCAGAGGCCGCAACAGCUUUGGUCUAGGGCGUGGUCAACAAUCCUAUUCCAACUUCUAUGGGCCACCUGCCAAUUAUCAGUCAUCCAUGUGGCCAUACAUGCCUUGGGCCGGCCCACCUCCUAAUGGAUCUCCCUGGCCCGCUUGGAAUAACCCCCCACCAUGCCCAUACCCCAACAACCCAGCCCCACCUCAUGCGACCUCCUCCGCAGCUUCGGCCCAGGGUAUCUUGGGCCCAAAACCAGCUUCUUCUAAUGUCGCGGCCCAGUCAUACACCACUGGUUACAGCCCAACGGACAUAGCUCAGGCCCUCUACAACUUGGCACUACAUAACAACGAAUCGUCUUGGACCAUGGAUACGGGCGCCUCAGGAUCUCCAGACCAAGAAACCUAUCCUGCGGUGCAAUAGCUCGGGGGAUCUCUACACUCUCAGCCCGUCCAACAUCACCAACCUCACCACCGCUUCUACCUUUGCAGCUAUUUCCCAAGACAUAUGGCACCAACGGCUUGGCCACCCUGUACCAACUAUUUUGCGAACUUUGAAAACUUCUAAAAAUUAUUAAAUGUGGUGUUUUAGACAAUAAAGUUUGUUCUUCUUGUAUUUUUGGCAAACAUACUCGCCUUCCUUUUGCUACAUCUAUUACUACUACCUUUAUGCCUUUUGAUCUUGUGCACAGUGAUGUUUGGACCUCUCCCGUUAUUAGUAACGGGGGU